AUGUUUUGCUUCUUGGGUCCGCGACGGCCGGCCAUCCGCAGCUACGACAAGCCCAUUGAUGGCCUGAUGACAGUGAGCGAUAGUCGCUUAAUCGGAGUGGCUCGAGCGUGUGAAGUUCUUGGGUAUACUACCUCCCCAUCGUCGGCCUAUGUGCUGGCCGGAGAUAAGUAUCAAACUCGCAUGAUGGAGCCAGACACGCACGGGGCUUUCCGGGUCUUUGGGACGGAUGAACUGGAGAAAGUACUUCGGUCUACCGAGGUGACGUAUCCUCUCAUCGUCAAGCCUUGCCUGGGAUGGGGAAGUCAGGCUGUCACCAAAGUGUCUACGGAAGUUGAGUUAUUUGAGGCGGUCGAGAAAGCCUGCGAGUGUCACGCAUUAGCUCCGCAACAGCGGAGUGACGCCGUUAUUGAGCCAUAUAUCGAUGGUCCAGAAGUCGAUGCCAACUUCGUAUUGCUGAAUGGCGAAGUGAUCUUCUGCGAGAUCAGUGAUGACUUCCCGAGCCCUGGCGAUGGGGACUCUCAACAAGCCAUAACUUCGUCGAGACUAUGUAUCCUUCGUCAGGGGUUUUCAACCGGUACAUUCCACUGCGAAGCGCGGUUGCAGCAUUCGAGUCAUGAGUUUCGAAAAGAUGAGAACGGGUUUGAGGACUUGUAUCCCCGCAGAGAUACUGAUACAAGUGAUGGAAGGAGUGUGGGCGUGUACCUCCUCGAAAUAAACGCUCGCCCAGCUGGAUAUCUGGAGACUGUUGGCGUCAACUUGGUCUAUGGGGUGGAUUAUUUCGCCCAGCAAACACUCUUUUCCGUCAAUGAUAAUUUUCGAUACAGGGCUUUAUGCCACCCAUUUCCUGAUGGGCCUCGCUCCUACCUCUCGAUACUCGUCCUCCAGGAAGACGUUGCUGGGAUCAUGAAGACCGAAGAUGCUACAGCGGAGCUCCUGCGCCAGUACCCCGAACUGGAGCCACAUGUGCCGCUGUACGCGACAAUCAAGAAGAAGGGAGAUAGACUGGUUGGGCCAAAGUCGAGUGAGGUUCAUUUCAUUGCGUGGAUCUUGGUCACAGCUCAGAAGAGGCGCCAGUGUCUGCGGUUGGUGGAGCAGAUACGAAGCCAUUUCCGUUAUGAAGUUGAAUAG